AUGACAACGAAAAAAGCGUGCGUGGAGGCGCCCAAAAGGAGCCGGAGUCCGGUCGUUCUGGAGGCGGAGAUGUUCACCGAAUUUCAGGACUGGUGUCUCCGGACCUACGGAGACUCGGGUAAAACAAAGACAGUCACCAGGAGAAAAUAUAACAAGAUAAUGCAGACAUUAUUGCAGAAUGAAGAGUCAGACGGCGUUUAUGUCGAGAACAGCCACAUCAACGCAAAAUUCAAAUUCUGGGUAAAAUCUAAAGGGUUUCAGGUCGGAAAUAACAUCUUAGGGGAGCACAACAAGAAAGGAGCCCCGGGGAAACCCGUGUUAUACGUCCCGGUCAAGUCUACGUGCUCAGACGGAAGCUCAGUGCAAGAAAACUCCUCACUGAAGCGUGUAGCGGUGGUGGAGGACUUCUUUGACAUCAUCUAUGCCAUGCACGUGGAGAUUGGCACAGACCCCGGCAGAGCCCCCAAACAUGCAGGCCAGAAGAAGACGUACAAGGCGAUCGCGGAGACGUACGCCUUCUUGCCCAGAGAGGCGGUGACUCGGUUCCUAAUGAGCUGCGGAGAGUGUCAGAAGAGGAUGCACAUCAACCCAAGCGCGGCGGAGUUCAAAGAAAACGACAGACCAGCCUCACUGGUCCCUGACCUCAUCGAUUAUAACAUGCCUCUUACCGCCACCUACCUGAAGCAGAUGAAACUGCAGUGCAUGACCAACACUGAGCGGGAUGACAGUUCGAUGAGCAGUGAGGACAUGACCAGCACAGAGCCCACGUGGAUCACAGUAGAGCAGCCUCCAGUGCCUGAGCCCAGCCCACCCAAUGGGGAACAUGCCCUGCCAAACACAGUCAAAGAUGAGAUGGAUGAUGAGGACUCUUCAGACAGUGCCAGUGCCAACGGACUGCCAGCUCUGACCCCGCCCGAGGUGCUGUCUGCUGGGGGGACUGUUCCAGAUGGAGGGGCCUCUUUUGGGGAAGUAACGGAGAACGGGCUGGGCGCUCCCCUGGACUUUAGCACAAACUCUUCCUCCUCUUCCUCAGAAGAUCAGCAGCCUGUCAAUCUGAGCGACCGAAUAUUGCCCUCUGCUUCCUCACCCCUGAACUCUUACCCCAGUGACCCCAACAGACAGUACCCCAUCAAAACAGAUUACCCCAACAAGUCCCCUCCGUACAGCUCAGGGAGUUAUGACUCUGUAAAAACUGAGGUGAGCCUGAGUGAGGCCCGAGCUCAGAUCAUGGAUGACGAUGAUGACGACCACGAUGACCACGACGACAGCGAUAAGAUCAACGACGCCGAAGGAAUGGACCCAGAGAGACUCAAAGCCUUCAAUAUGUUUGUGCGCUUGUUCGUGGAUGAGAAUCUCGACCGCAUGGUGCCCAUUUCAAAGCAGCCCAAGGAGAAGAUCCAGGCUAUUAUGGAGUCCUGUGGCCGCCAGUUCCCAGAAUUCCAGGAGCGUUCCCGCAAACGUAUUCGCACCUACCUCAAAUCCUGUCGCCGCAUGAAAAAAGGCGGCUUUGAGAUUCGACCAACACCUCCUCACCUCACCUCCGCCAUGGCUGAGAACAUCCUCGCUGCUGCCUGCGAGAGCGAGUCCCGCAACGCAGCCAAGAAGAUGCGGCUGGACGUGUACCCGGCCACGGAGGAGCCUAUGUGUAUUGACAAGACCACCCCCAGAGACCCCACCUCUUUGGCCGCCCCUGGGUUCACCAUCGCCAGCACAGCUUUUGCCCAAGACCAGCUCUAUGCCAAUGGAGGCCUCACCUACAGCGUUCGAUACGGAACAGUCAGCAGCACUCAGCCGACCACGGGAACUACACAAACCAAUGGUCCCACAGAUCUUAGUAUGAAGUCGGUCGUCCCAAAUUCCACCUCGUCCAGUGCCAAUGGUCAGGGUGGCGGUGGAGGGGGGGCAUCUGCACAGCUCAGCCCCCCUGAGGUGACUGCAGUGAGGCAGCUUAUCGCGGGGUACAGGGAGUCUGCGGCCUUCCUGCUCCGCUCUGCAGAUGAGCUGGAAAACUUGAUCCUGCAGCAGAACUGAACCCGGACUGUCCCUGCUCCUGGCCUUCUCACCAGUGUCACUCUCAGUCACAAAUCGGGAUUCUGGAUCAGCACAUUGGCUGGAGUGGCACUGCCGCGCACAGUGGUCCUGUAGGUGCAGUACUUUACCUGCGCUCACAACAUAUCAGAAAGGAUUAUUUAUGCAUUUGGUCGACUUUGGUCCUAGUGCCCUGGUAUCUGUAGCCAUUCAUCCCAUCCAGCUCAUUCUACACUCCACUGCCAUUCAUCUCAGGAAGCUGAUCUGUGGGAACUAUUCACACAAGGACAAACUACCAGAGGUGUUACAUUAGCUUUCAAUCUACUGACUGUGCCGACAAAUUAUCCGAUGCAUUGCAGGCAUUCAGUGCCAGUGCUUUGUAGUUCUUCACUGUUAAAUAUGCUGUACUACUGGCUGCAGCCACUCUCUAAAUUUUCAAAUCUUUCUAAAACAACAUUGCAUUAUUACAAAUGAAAUGCUGCUAAUACUCUUUGACCUCAAAGAUAGUUAGGGUUGGACUGACCUAAGAACAGCAGAUAUCAAACUUUAAAAGGGCUUGACAGCUGUCAGCAGAUCUCGUCGAGUCAUUGACUUUAAAUUAUACUCCUACCCUAUUUAUUAGAAAUUAGACUGCUCACCCAGUGUGGCUUUAUGUGUAGUUAAUUUAUUAAGAAGAGUUGACCAUUUGCCACUGUAUGAAGUGAACAGAGGCUUUAAAAGCCUCCGUAUGCAAAUUGAGAUCCCACACCUGUCAGGGAACGUGAGAUUAAGAUAUUGUUUAGACUUUAACCAGAGCCUGUGGAAAGUGGCUGUAGGUGCAAUAUUGACGAUAAUCAGUGGCGUGCAUAAAAACAUCAUCAGCCCAGGGUUUAAGCUAACAAGGGGACUCUGCUGUAACUGUCAGGUUGUAAAAGAACUACUCUUCUCGCAGCAUUGUAGCUAAGUUCAAUGUUGUUUGUUGUGAACAGUGAUAUUCUCACUCAC